AUCUGAUCCCCAACGGCAUCAUCGCGUAGCCUCUCUUCCGGAAGCCAUGAAUCGUUCAAGUCUGUCUGCAACGCGGUGAAAACAACUACUCAUCCAUCUUCGACAAUAACCGGUGCACCCAGCCAAUUCUCUUCAACCCCUCACGACUCUGCUUAAUUGCUGCCGCCAAUAUGCCGGAGCAACAAGUUGCCCAAAUCAUCGUCGAUAGCAUCUACCGGUCAGGUGUGAAGGUAGUCUUUGGCAUUCCUGGGGCCAAGGUGGAUGCCAUCUUCGACACCCUGUCCGACCAUCCUGAAGUCAAACUUGUCGUGUGCAGACAUGAACAGAACGCCGCCUUCAUGGCGGCAGCAGUCGGCCGUAUCACAGGCACUCCAGGAGUCGCUAUCGCUACUUCGGGACCAGGUGCUAGCAAUCUCACCACCGGUUUGGCAACUGCCACCACCGAAGGCGAUCCUGUCGUUGCUAUCAUCGGCUCCGUCCCCCGUCUACUGAGCACCAAGCACACCCAUCAAUCGCUGAAAGCGCUGGAAGUUCUUGGUCCGGUUGCAAAGUCGGCGACGAAUGUGGAGGUGGAAGACCAGGCGGCCGAAGUCGUCUUGUCUGCUUUCCGCACCGCUAACACCAACCCCAAAGGCGCCAGUGUCAUCUCCAUCCCCAUGGAUGUGGCGGCCAAUAAAUCCAAAAUCACUGCAUUUCCUUCCUCGGCUUUCGUGGCGCCACUCUAUGGACCUGCGCCCACCGAUGAUGUUCGCAAAGUUGCCCGAAUGAUCGAGCAAGCCAAGCUCCCCGUCCUGUUCCUCGGGCAGCGAGCGAGCAGUAAUCGAGUCGUCGAAGCUCUGCGAAUUGCACUGAAGAAGCACCCGAUCGCAGUAGUUGAGACUUUCCAAGCCGCAGGAGCGAUCCCAGAAGACUUGGCCCAAACGCUGUUCUACGGUCGUGUAGGCCUCUUCCGAAACCAAACCGGUGACAGGCUGCUGCAAAAGUCCGACUUGAUCAUCACCCUCGGCUACGAUCCCACCGAAUACGACGCCCAGCAGUGGAACCCGAGCGGGAACCUGAAUAUCGUGCACGUCGACUUUGUCUCCUGCGACUAUGGCGCUUACUAUAGUCCCAAACUCGAACUCCUCGGCUCCGUGCGAGAGAACAUCCUCGCCUUGUCCGACGCUCUUACGACCGUACCCAACCCUGCGGAAAACGAGUUCUGCAAGAGUCUCAGCCGAGAGCUGCGAUCAUGGCAGACAGAGGUGGAGAACACGAAGAGUGAGGGCCUCGUGCACCCCCUCCGCCUCGUCUCGGCUCUGCAAAAGCGCGUCUCCCACAGCACCACGGUGACGUGUGACGUCGGCACCGUCUACAUCUACAUGAUGCGGUACUUCUUCGCCUACGAGCCGCGCCGACUCCUCUGCUCGAACGGCCAGCAAACGCUAGGCGUCGGCAUGCCGUGGGCCAUCGCCGCAUCUCUCGUACAGGAACCGCCUUGCUCGGAGAAAGUGGUGUCCCUCAGCGGCGACGGGGGCUUCAUGUUCUCCUCUCAAGAACUGUCGACGGCCGUGCAGCAGGGCUGCAAUAUCACGCACUUCAUCCUCAACGACGAGGCCUUCAAUAUGGUGGAAUUCCAGGAGGAGAUGAAGUACGGGCGCAGCAGCGGGAUUGGACUCGGCGGCGUGGACUUUGUCAAGUUUGCCGAGGCGUUUGGUGCGAAGGGGUUCCGGGUGAGUGACUCUUCGCAGCUGGAGGCGGUUAUGGAUGAGGCUUUGGCGUACAAGGGGGUCAGUCUGGUGGAUGUGAGGAUUGAUUAUAGUCAUGUGAAGGACUUGGCUGGGGAUCUGAUUGAGGAUACGGUCGGGUAGUAGCGGAGAGAGUUGGAUGCUUGACAUUUGAACGUGCUGUUCUUGGGGAUAAUAGACGAUAGAGUGGAC